CGUGCUUGUAUCCUAAACUAUCUAAAUGUUUACGAACAGUUCGAUAUCUGGUUGCUACAUUGAAUUCGUCUUCUGUACUCAUCUUCAUUGAGUUUACAUAGAAUAUAUUUUAUCUUAUUGUUUUCAAGCCCUUAUCAUAUUCAAGUUAUGUUACUUCACUUUACCAUUCAUAUCUAAUGUCUUAUUUAAAUGUAACGCUACAUUUGUACAGAAUUUAUUUCAAAAUAACUAUUUAAUACACAACUAACAAGUAUAAAACUUUUAAAAUAUAAUAUUUCAAGCGUAAGAAUAUCUUCCAUGUACGAUACUAGAGGGCCAUCCAUCUAACUUCUUUCUCGCAAGUUUUCACACGCUAUAAAAAAUUCUAACGACCUAUAAUACACUCGUGGAUAGAGUCAAUAGAGUCAUAGCAAACCAAUCAGAUUCCAUCAUAGUCAUGCGGUUUUGUUUACCAAAAUUCUCGUUGGACAAAGUAUACAUGCAUUCUGAAAUCUGGUCUGCUUUUGAAUAUUACGCAAACUACGCACAAUUCUGAUAGAGAAAAACAUUUCUAGUAUAAUUUACUAAUAUUAUUGGAAAUCGUAUUUCUGGACAGUAAAACUUCACUUUGAGAGAUUAAGAAAGAAACGGGAGUUCAGAAUGUGGGUGUGAGCAAAGCGAAAUGAAAUGUGCCUUUUAAGUAUGAAAUAUUAAAUAAUUUACUUCGUUAUCUAGAUUGACACGUGACAACUGGAAUGGAAUAUCAUUUUAUUCGUAACGAAUUUUUAAAAUAAUAUUCUAAAGAAUCUCGCGGGCAUACGUCCCGUAAUACUUCGCGUUAUGGGGCUAAGCUAAGGUGCAAAUCCGAGUUGCGCACGUCACUUAUUUAUUCAUGAUAGUAGAAUCGCAGAAUGCAGGCCUCUGCAGAGGCACGAAGCAACGUUCCACAUAGUAUUCUUGUUUCGUGAUCUGACAGUCUACGUUUGGGUUUAAAUUUGAAAAAUAAAUGAUGCGUAUUCUUUAUUAUACGCGUGGAAAUUAUUGGGUAGCAGUGGUUAAAAGACAACUGUUCCGUGAUAUGUUGCAAAAGAUAAAAGAUUUUUAAAAAAUGAUUCCUGAAACGAAUGCAAUCGAUGCAUCACAAUAUCACGAGCCACACGAUUCGCGAUUAUCGUAAUAUGAAAAAGUAUUGAAAAGCAAUAAAAAGAAAAUGAGUUCGUUCGAUUUGAAUGUGCCGCACAUGGAAAAGAUUCUUUUACUACUCGAGGAGCUCUGCGACCUUUCUUACCCUCAGAUACAAAAUGUAACAAAUGCAAAACUAUCUUUUCUUGUACCAAUUUUAAUAAAGUCAGAAGAAAUGGUAAUCCAUGUAAUAGGAGAAGAAAUUUUGGACAGAGAAAUAAGAUUUCCGGUGUUAAAUAAUAUUUUAUACGAGGCUGUACAAAAUAAAAAAUCAGUAGCCAUGGAUAUAGAUUUACUCGACGACGAAUUAUUGUAUCAUCUUCGACUAAUAUGUCCAAUGUCAAAAUCAUUUUUAACAAUUCCCAUACAACAUCCUAAGCAGAGCCAUAUAGCAUUAAUAGUUUCUUUGAUCAAUGACGAUAACAUAAAUAGAACUGUCCAUAAUUGUAUUGAAAUUGUUCAAGAAUGUUUUAGGUUCUGCCUAGGAUUUCUUUUAAAUUCAUUUACAUGUUAUGAGGAGACUCGAUUGAAACACCAGUGUCAAAAGUUACUGGCUGUUUCUAGGAAACUAUUUACGCAUUUAGGAGACUUUUCUGAUCUUUUACGGGAAAUAAUGGCAGAAGUAAGAAAUUUGACGAACGCCGAGCGAUGUUCAUUAUUUCUUUUGGAUCCUGAUCAACAAGAUUUAGUUGCUAAAGUAUUUGAUGGUAUUGCUAUGAAAGAAUCUGUGAAAGAAAUGAGAAUACCGAUAGGUCAAGGUAUUGCAGGUCAUGUUGCAACCACUGGGACAUUGAUUAAUAUUAGAAAUGCAUAUGAACAUCCUCUUUUUUAUCGUGGGAUAGACGAAGUUACAGGUUUUAGAACUAGAAAUAUUUUAUGUUUCCCAAUUACAGAUGAAAAUGGAAUUGUUGGAGUUGCACAACUCUGUAAUAAAAAGGAUGGCCUAUAUUUCGAUGUAUUCGACGAAGAAGUUGCAACAGCAUUUAGUAUUUAUUGUGGAAUAUCUAUAAUGCAUAGUAUUGUUUAUAAAAAGAUGCAAGAUGCUCAAGCAAGGAAUAAGCUCAGCAAUGAAGUAAUGAUGUAUCAUAUGAAGGUAGAAGAAGACAUGGUGCAAGCGCUAUUGAAUUGCAAAGACGAACAUAAUAUAAAAGAUUUCAAUAAAUUCCACUUUACUCCUAGAAGUGUACCUUACAAGCAUAUACCCUGUUAUACAAUCAAAAUGUUCAACGAUUUGGGUCUUAUUAAACAUUGGAAAAUGAAAUUGUCAACUUUAGCUAGGUUUAUAUUGUAUGUUAAGAAGGGCUACAGAGAUGCACCUUAUCAUAAUUGGGUGCACGCAUUCUCUGUAGCACAUUUUGCAUAUUUAUUGAUGAGAAAUUUACAACUUAUUACCGAGAAUUAUAUGACACAUUUGCAAGCAUUAGUUUUUUUAGUGUCUUGUUUGUGUCAUGAUAUAGAUCAUAGAGGUACCAAUAAUUCGUUCCAAACUAAAUGCAGCACAGUAUUGGCAAGUCUAUACAGUUCCGAGGGUUCUGUGAUGGAGAGACAUCAUUUGGCACAGACCAUGUGCAUUUUAAAUACAGAAGAUUGCAAUAUAUUUGAAAAUUUUAAUAGCAAGGAAUACAGUGAGGCAUUAGAUUUGUUAAGAAACAAUAUACUUGCAACUGAUUUAGCAUCCCAUUUUCGCACCGUAGAAAAACAAGAAGAGAUGAUUAGAGACAUGUAUGAUAAAAAUGAUUCCAAACAACAAAAACUAUUCUUCGAUAUGCUUAUGACAUGUUGUGACCUUAGUGAUCAAACCAAGCAAUGGAAAAUUUCUAAGAAGACUGCAGAACAAAUUUAUGAUGAAUUCUUCUCACAAGGGGACUUGGAAAAAAGUAUGGGUAGUUCCCCUAUUGAAAUGAUGGAUAGAGAACGGGCAUCUAUACCAGACCUACAAGUUCAAUUUAUCACAAAUAUAGUUCUGCCACUUUUCAUUAAUCUUUCUACAUUAUUUCCAAUGGUACAACCACUGGUCCAUGUACUGAAAGAGAAUCGAAAUUUAUGGAAAGUGUCUAAAAUUAUAUUUCAAAACUACAUGAAAGCGGGAAUGAAAGGCAUUGAUAUUUUAUUGGAUCCUACAUUCGAAGAAGAAGUUCUGCAACUCUAUACUCAGAGCAAUAAUGAUGUGUCAAGAACCUCUAUGGUGAAGUUAGAGAUAACGGAAACAAAACCUAACAUUUACAAUGAAUGAAGCUUAAGAAUAGAGAUUUAAUAUUUUUGUUAUGAAAAAGAUAUCGUGAAAUAUAUAGAUUGUAAUACCAUUUAAAUUUAGAAGCAAUAGAAAAGCUUAAUAAUUACCAAAUAUAUAUAAAUUAAAUG